AUUUACACCAUAUUUUCGAAUAAUAUAUAAAUGAACAACAAAAAAAAAAGAAAAAAAAAAGAAAAGGAAACAUAAAGCCUCUAGUAGAAAAGAGCUUCCUUUUUAUACGUAAAUACAAGUUCGUAUAUUAUGAGGAGAAAAUCAUGCUAAUCAAAGGAGAAGAAAUCAAUUAUAAGGGGGAAGAGUGUUUGAAAUUCUUAGUUUAUAUAACUGUUCUUCUCAUUGGUCCCUUUUUUUUUCCUUCUCCACCCACGCUUAAUAAUAAUAAUAAAAAAGAGAAAGCCGAACUUUCAAUGUUUAUAUUCUAUUUUGUAUUCAUAUUAUGACAGACCAUAAGCCACCUACUCGUGCAGAAAGAAAACAUUGUUGGUUUUUGCGUGACCAAUACUUUAAAUGUCUUGAUCAACUGAACAUUAUGGAUCCUAGUAUAGUGGAUAAAGAACCUUCAAAGGCAAGCUCGUGCCUAGAAUUAAAAAAGAAUUAUGAAGAAGGUUGCAUGGCAAGUUGGGUCGAGUAUUUUAAUAAACGUCGUGUGCUGGAUUUACGGCAGAAACAGUAUUUAGCCAUGUCAGAACAACAAUCUCCUCAAAAAUAAUUCUUAUGUGUACAAGUAACAUUGUGUUAACAUUAGGUUCAUUACUGUAUUAUUUUCGAAUAAAUGAAACGUCUUUAUUUUAAUUACUAUGAUAACCAUACAAUAUAACUUGAAAAACUACAUGUCCACAUAAAUAAACUAAACUAAACUAAAC